AUGUCUACUAAUAAUCAAAGUGUUCAAGAAAUUCCACUUUCAACAGAUCAUUCAACGAAUCAAUUACAAUCAGAAAAUGGUGUAUCAGAAUCAUCUCAACAAAUUGAAGAAAUCGAUAUUGCUCUAGCUGAUCAAAGUGAUAGUUGGGAAACUGAUGAUGAAGGAGAUUUUUAUUCUGAACAAGAAAAUCAUAGUUUAUUAGAUCAAACUGAUGAUAAUGACGAUAGUUUUCUUGAUUUAGGUUUACCGGAACAUUUAAUUGAAUGUUAUCCAACAACAACUGCUGAAGACGCAUCAGUAGUUGGUGUUCUAUGUGAUAUUUGUCUAAAUGAAUAUAAACCAGAUGAUAAACUACGAACUAUUCCGUGUUUACAUAGAUUUCAUAGUAAAUGUAUUGAUAAAUGGCUUAAGAAAAAUUCAAAAUGUCCAAUGUGUCGAAAAUGGAUUAUUCAUGUAUAUACAGGCAAUGAACGUUUUGCUGGAACUGAUACUAAUAUUUUUAUUCGUUUAUUUGAUUCAAAAUAUGGUUAUACUAGUGAAUAUAAAUUAACGCAUGAGAAUUGGAUACUUGGCAAUACUAUUUUUCCAUUAAAAAAUUUAUUUGAAUAUGGUGGACAUGAUCGAUUUCGAAUUUUCACCAAUAAACUUGGAUUUGUAGAGAAAAUCCGUAUUCGACGUGAUAAUUUUCCAUCAUUUCAAUCUGAUUGGCUUUUGGAUCGAAUUAUCAUAGAAAACAAUCAUGAUCAUAUUAAAUUUACAUUUAAAUGUAAUUGUUGGCUUCGAAAAGAACGACCAUAUAUAACGGUUCCUGUCUUAUCAGAUUUGCACCCUAUUGACAAAAACAAGUCAUCGAAAAAUAAUCAAACGAUUUUAAUUGUUCUUAUCGUUUCGAUUGUUUCAAUAACAUGUAUUAUAUAUUGUAUUCGUGAAUACUAUCGUCAUCAUCAACAUCGACAUUUUGCAUCGGUGCAAAAUCAGUUUGAAUCAUCGAUUAUUGAUAGAUACCAUUUACAAUUAUCAGAAUCAUCAACAUCACAAAUUUCUAAUGAGACUAUAAAUCGAACGAAAAAUAUUCAACAUACAUUACAAUCUAACGAUGAUCGAAGAGUUAAUCUUGUUCAAUCAACAGUAAUAACUUCUACAGAUGAGCCACCAGCUUAUACAGAUAAAAAGGCAAAAUCGGGAAAAAAAGGUGAACAUGAUCUUGACGAUCUUAAACGUGAACUUGAAAUCGAUGAUCAUAAAGUAUCGGCUGAAGAACUUUAUCGACGAUAUGGAACUGAUCCAGACAAAGGUUUAACAGAUGCAAAAGCAGCUGAAAUUUUUGCACGUGAUGGUCCUAAUGCAUUGUCACCACCUAAAACAAUACCUGAAUGGGUCAAAUUUUGUCGUCAAAUGUUUGGUGGUUUUGCUAUGUUAUUAUGGCUUGGUGCAAUCCUAUGUUUCAUUGCACAUGGUAUUAGUGUGGCAACAUAUGAAGAAGCAGCAAAUGACAAUCUGUGGCUUGGUGUUGCAUUAACAGUUGUCGUAUUUGUUACUGGUUGCUUUUCAUAUUUUCAAGAAGCCAAAAGUUCGAGAAUUAUGGAAUCAUUUAAAAACAUGGUGCCACCUCAAGCAUUAGCAAUUCGUAAUGGUGAAAAAAGAAAUUUAAAAGCUGAAGAAUUAGUUGUUGGUGAUAUUGUUGAAGUUAAAUUUGGAGAUCGUGUACCAGCUGAUAUUCGUGUAUUGCGAGCACAUGGUUUUAAAGUUGAUAAUUCAUCAUUAACGGGUGAAUCAGAACCACAAUCACGUGCACCUGAAUUUACAAAUGAAAAUCCACUUGAAACAAAAAAUUUAGCAUUUUUUAGUACAUUUGCUGUUGAAGGUACAUGCCUUGGAUUAGUUGUACGAACUGGAGAUCGAACUGUUAUGGGUCGUAUUGCAAAUUUAGCUUCGAGUUUGGAAACGGGUGAAACACCAAUAGCACGUGAAAUAGCACAUUUUAUUCAUAUAAUUACUGGUGUAGCUGUUUUUCUUGGUGUUUCAUUUUUUAUUAUCGCUUUUGUUCUUGGUUAUCCAUGGCUAGAAGCAGUCAUCUUUUUAAUUGGUAUUAUUGUUGCUAAUGUACCUGAAGGUCUUCUUGCUACUGUAACUGUAUGCCUUACAUUAACGGCUAAACGUAUGGCAAAGAAAAAUUGUCUUGUUAAAAAUUUAGAAGCCGUUGAAACACUUGGUUCAACGUCAACAAUUUGUUCGGAUAAAACUGGAACAUUAACACAAAAUCGAAUGACUGUUGCUCAUAUGUGGUUUGACAAUCGAAUUGUUGAAGCUGACACAACAGAUAAUCAACAGAAUGCAACAUAUGAUAAAACUUCACCGGGAUGGCUUGCUCUUAGUCGUUGUGCUAUGUUAUGUAACCGAGCUGAUUUUAAACAAGAUCAAGACAAUUUAAAAAAAAAUGUCUUACAACGAGAAUGUAAUGGUGAUGCAUCAGAAUCUGCUUUAUUAAAAUGUGUUGAAUUAUCAAUUGGUAAUGUUAUUAAAUUUCGUGAACAAAAUCGAAAAAUAAGUGAAAUACCAUUUAAUUCAACAAAUAAAUAUCAAGUAUCAAUACAUGAAACUCAAGAUGGUGAUGAUCGAUAUUUAUUGGUUAUGAAAGGUGCACCUGAACGUAUACUUGAACGAUGUACAACAAUUUAUAUUGAUGGAACAGAUAUUGAAUUAAAUGAUUAUUGGAAAACAGCUUUUAAUCGUGCAUAUCUUGAAUUAGGUGGUCUUGGUGAACGUGUCUUAGGUUUUUGUGAUUUACGUUUACCAGCUAAUGAUUUUCCACGUGGAUUUCCAUUUGAUUCGGAUGAAGUUAAUUUUCCUGUUGUUAAUUUACGAUUUCUUGGUCUCAUGUCAAUGAUUGAUCCACCACGUGCUGCUGUACCUGAAGCCGUUGCUAAAUGUCGUUCAGCUGGUAUCAAAGUAAUUAUGGUUACUGGUGAUCAUCCAAUAACAGCAAAAGCUAUUGCUAAAGCUGUUGGUAUUAUAUCUGAAGCACAAGAAACAGUUGAAGAUAUAGCUCAACGUUUAAAUAUUCCUGUUGAACAAGUUGAUCCAACACAUGCUAAAGCAUGUGUUGUACAUGGUAAUGAUUUAAAGAGUAUGGCACCAAGUGAAAUCGAUUCAUUAUUACGUGAUCAUUCCGAAAUUGUCUUUGCUCGUACAUCACCACAACAAAAAUUAAUUAUUGUCGAAGGUUGUCAACGUCAAGGUGCAAUUGUUGCUGUUACCGGCGAUGGUGUUAAUGAUUCACCAGCAUUAAAAAAAGCAGAUAUUGGUGUUGCUAUGGGUAUUGCAGGUUCGGAUGUUAGUAAACAAGCAGCAGAUAUGAUUUUACUUGAUGAUAAUUUUGCAUCAAUUGUUACUGGUGUUGAAGAAGGUCGUUUAAUAUUUGAUAAUUUAAAAAAAUCUAUUGCUUAUACAUUAACAUCAAACAUACCAGAAAUUACACCAUUUUUAAUGUAUCUUAUUAUGGAUAUACCAUUACCACUUGGUACAAUUACAAUUUUAUGUAUUGAUUUGGGUACAGAUAUGGUACCGGCUAUAUCAUUAGCUUAUGAAAAAGCAGAAACAGACAUUAUGAAACGACGACCACGAGAUCCAAAACAUGAUCGUCUUGUCAAUGAACGUUUAAUUUCAAUGGCAUAUGGUCAAAUUGGUAUGAUUCAAGCAUCAGCCGGAUUUUUUGUUUAUUUAGUUAUUUUGGCUGAAAAUGGUUUUUGGCCAAGUCGUUUACUUGGUUUACGUAAAUCAUGGGAAUCAAAAGCAGUAAAUGAUCUUGAAGAUUCAUAUGGUCAAGAAUGGACAUUUAAUCAACGUAAAACACUUGAAUAUACAUGUCAUACAGCUUUUUUUGUUUCUAUUGUCAUUGUACAAUGGGCUGAUUUAAUUAUUUGUAAAACACGACGAAAUUCUUUAGUACAUCAAGGCAUGACCAAUUGGAUGCUUAAUUUUGGUUUAGUUUUUGAAACUGUACUUGCUGCUUUUCUAUGCUAUACACCUUAUCUUGACAAAGGUCUUAAUAUGUAUCCACUUAAAUUCCUAUGGUGGUUACCUGCAAUGCCAUUUUCAUUAGCAAUUUUUAUUUAUGAUGAAGUACGAAAAUUUAUUAUACGUCGAAAUCCAGGCGGUUGGGUUGAACAAGAAACGUAUUAUUAA